GCAGAUGGGGGCGAGCGCGGUAACAAGGCAGAGGGGAGUCAGAGCGGUAGGAAGGUAGAUGGGGGUAAGAAAGGUAGCAAGGCAGAGGGGGGCCAGAGCGGUAGCACGGCACAGGACAAAAAUUCAGAAUCUAAGUCGUUGGACACCAUUAUUGACAGCGGCGUGUUCCAUGAGCUAGAAGAGAAUGAUCCCAAAGACGAUCCAUUCCCUAAUCAAGCCGAUCCAUAA